AGUGAGUCAUACAAUAGUUUGCUCACUCGUUGAAAGUGGUUGAACUCCUCGAUCUCAUUCCUGACGCUUUUAUUUCGAAAGCCGUGUUUUCUUUUUCCGUUUUACCUUAUACACUCCGCCCCUGCAGCGCCACCUGCAGGUUGACGUCAUUCUCCCGCUCCAGUUACCGUGUUGUGGAGGUCUGUUUCGCUGGGAGAUCAGGGGAGAUUUGGAACCGAGUGGAUCGGGCAGUACGGGAUCAUUGAGCGUGAGGGUGAAAUUAAAAAAAUAUAUAUUUUUUGAUGAGAAACGCUCGCGUGAGGAAUGCAGAGUGUGCAAUGGGACAAAGUCAUGUGCUGUUGGCGCCUCUCUUUAUCGCCAUGAAGGCAGCAGCUUCAUGUUACCGCGACUUGCUUUCUAUUCGCAUGCUGCAGCCAGGAGCGUCCAAGUUAAACGACAUGAGAGGCUGCAGGAGAUGGUGAUGGAGCUCCAAAAGUUGAGCUGGCUGGCUCUGGUGGGGCUUUUCCUGGCCUCCUUACUCAUCGUGCUGGUCUGGCUCUUCCAGUUCUCGCUGAGCCUCCUGCAGCAGCGGAGAACCAGGAAAGCGGCCGAGCAUCAACAGCGUCAGUCGCGUCCCUCCCUCGGGCAGCAUCGUCAUCACGGCUUGGCCGCAGGUGCGUGGGGCUUCCUGCUCAAGCUGCGCCCGGCUCGGGAUGCAGGAGCCGAGUCCGAAGUCGGGGUUAACGCCUUGUUGACCUCCCUCUUCUCCUUCAAGUCGUUCAGCGAGCAGUGUCGGAGGAGCUGGGUCAAAGCUCUGAAUGAGCAAGCUUGCAGGAAUGGGAGCUCCAUCCAAAUCACUUUUGACAACGGAGUCCGGUUUAUCGGCGUCCCUGCAAUCGAGAGCGUGACCUGCGCUGACCGGUCUGCACACAGAACGGUUUUACAUUGUAAAUGUCGGGUGGACGCGGUGGCAUUUCCUGUGACGGUUACUCAGCAGUCCCCCGCUGCCGUCGCCAUGGACACCUAUCAGAUUACCAUCGCACCUACGGCGGCAAAGGUGGUCGUAAGUCUGGAGGAGGCGGAGGACGACGGACUCUUGGUGUCGUGGACUCUUUCCAAGCAACCAUCGUUGAAAUUGACCGCGUCGCCGUGCAAACUGCCGAGACAUGGCCCGGACGACAAGGCAGACUUGGAUGUGAUCAAGAGCCUUAUUGAGGACACUCUCUUCAGCUCUCAUCCGGCCAUGAUGCUCAACCUCAGGGCUUGCGCAACGACAUCUCCGGUCCCCGUGGAGCAGCUAUCGCUAGGAUUAAAGCCUGUACCCCAGAGUGUCUUUGUGCAGCGACUACUUCUACGGCAGCUCAGGGUGACCUUAAGUAAAGGCUGGUGUAGCUCGUUGGAGCUGUGCUGCGUCCUCAGCCUCAACCACCCGUCCUCAGAAAAGACAACCUCCUUCCUGCCUGUGCCCCACAACCCAAAGACCCCGAUAGAAUGGCGAGAAGAAAUUACCCUGGAGCUGAGCCCAGAAACCAAAGAGCUGAGAGCGAGACUUCUGGAGCGGAAUGGCAGAAGCGAGCAAUUCCUUCCAGGGCAAGCCUCCUUUGCCUUGGACCUCCAGUCCAAAGUUCCUACCUCUGUCCUACUCACACUAAGCCCAAGCCACUCCUUGGAGCCUAUCGCCACCAUUACAGCAGAACUGCUCUAUGUGGAAACCGAGGAAGUCCGCCCACCACCGCGCUCCUCACUCACCCCCACCAAAAAAGUCGACGUGGAUCGAACCAUCAUGCCGGACGGAACCAUUGUCACCACUGUAACGACGGUCCAAUCCAGACUGAAAUUGGAGCGCAGUCCAGGUGGUUCUCCUUUGCGUUCGCCGGCCAAAGUGGAAGUGACAGAGAAGAAGCCCACCGUUCUCUCUGAUGGAAGAGGCACGCCGAGCCCUGAUCCCAGCAAAACAGCCAUUCGUCAACUGACAGACUCCAAAAUGGCUCGAAAGACUCCGACAAAGAGAAGCACACUGAUCAUCUCGGGCGUGUCAAAGGUUCCACUGUCUCAAGAUGACUGCUUGCUGUCUAGCGGCUACGCCGCAGCAAUGGACGCGGCCAUGCAAAGCAACCAUUUUGGGGCGAGGCACCACCAAGAGCCGGAUGAAACCACACCUUCUGAUGUGUCAGAGCGUCCCUCUGUGGAUGAUGUGGAAUCAGACACUGGCUCCACUGGUGCUUUCGAAACACGCAGUCUCAAGGACCAUAAAGUGGGAUUUCUGCAAAGCGGAUCAAAGCUGUUGUUCCGCAAAAGACAUCGUGAGAAGGAGCCCUGCCUCAGCCAAUCCCACGAGGACGUCUCCAAAAUGGGCAACAACUUCACUGCGGCAGCGGACGGCGGUCGAAAGAAGUCCGCUAGCUUCUCCCGACGUCUCAUCAAGCGCUUCUCUUUCCGCUCGUCUGGGAAAUGGAAAGGCAAAGGCACAAGCACCAACGGAGGGGCGGGCUCGGGCCAAUAACUGAUCCUUUCUGCUUGCAUACCAGUCAGCUGUCUGAGCACAAGACCUCUGCAAGUGCUUUGGGGAGGGGAGAAAUUUUGCCGCUUCAGGACAAAACUGGUUCUGUAUCAAACGGUAAGCUGAAAUAGGAUUGCAUAUUUUGUUUCGAGGGUAAAUUUCUUUCAGGAUGGGACAACAGAACAGCUGCAAUGAAUUUGGGGUUUCUUUUUGAUUGACUGAUGUUGGGAGUUCUUGAAAUGAUUUAAGAAUGCCAGAAGAAUGGCAUUGGUGCACUUUGGAAUUGACAUUUUUUUUACAUUCUAUAUAACACGUACAAUAUCUGUAUGAAGGUAAUUUAUGAUUAUGUGAAGUGCUAUUUAUUUUAUCCAUAUCACGGGUUGUCUUUGUUGCGUUUACACUGUCAAAUAGAGAAAUUGCUGUGAUUUUUCAAAGCAAAUGUUAUUUUAACAUCAAGUUGAAUUCCAUGUUCAUAGAAAAUUUGCUGUAUUUGCUUCUACGUUAAAUUAAAAUAUUGUUCAAUGUAGGUUUUAAAAUAAGCAGGAAAUUGUAUAUUGUACAUUAUUGACAACGUAAUUGCACUUAAAUGAUCUUCGAUUUGCCCAAAUGUUUCCGUAAGAGGCAAGAAAGCAGAUUUAUGUUGCCAAUAAUUCAUACUUAUUGAAAAAAAAAUGAUUUGAAAAAAAUGUAAUUUCCAGGACUAUUUUUCAACAAUAAAAUUCCUAUUAUAGUACAGUGACAGAGCAACUGCAGUCACAAGGACAGUUAUAUGUGUACAAUGUGCUUUAAGAAACUAGGAUCAACCUUAAUCGCUGUUUAAGACAAGUAGCCUGGCUGGAAUGUGAAACCCGAAGUGGAGGUAGUAACAUGUGGCAUGUGUGAUUUCUGACUUUAUUUUGAUAUGUUUUAAUUUAUUUCAAAUAAAUUAUUUAAAAGCU